AUGGUAGAUCAGGGCCCGGUGGCUGUAUUUAAAUUAGUUUUGGUUGGUGAUGGUGGUACUGGAAAAACUACGUUUGUGAAACGCCAUAUCACUGGAGAGUUUGAGAAGAAAUAUGUUGCUACUCUGGGUGUUGAAGUGCAUCCACUUGAUUUCCAUACAACACGUGGAAAAAUGCGUUUUAACGUUUGGGAUACUGCAGGGCAGGAAAAAUUUGGUGGUCUAAGGGACGGUUACUACAUACAGGGCCAGUGUGCAAUCAUUAUGUUUGAUGUCACAAGUCGUGUCACAUACAAAAACGUACCCAAUUGGCAUCGGGAUUUGGUGCGAGUUUGCGAGAACAUACCAAUUGUUUUAUGUGGUAAUAAAGUCGAUAUUCAGGACAGGAAGGUGAAAGCAAAAUCCAUAACUUUCCAUCGCAAGAAGAACCUGCAGUAUUACGAUAUAUCAGCUAAAUCCAAUUAUAACUUCGAAAAGCCAUUCUUGUGGCUUGGUCGUAAGUUGGUUGGUGACCCGAACUUAGAGUUUGUUGAAAUGCCCGCUAUGGAGCCUCCGGAAAUCCAGAUCGAUCCCAAUUUGGUCAAGCAGUACGAACAGGAAAUACAGAUGGCGGCUGAGGCACCUCUUCCAGAUGAAGGUGACGAGGACCUGUGA